UUUUUUUUUUUUUUUUAACUCUCUUGGAAAGAACAUAAUUUUUACCUGAAUUACCAAGUUUGUUUAGCAAGAACUGCACACACAGCAGUGUCAGACAAACAGGCAGCUACACUCCCUGAAAUGUCAAAUCUGAAUUGGAAGCCUUUUAUUUAUGGAGGUCUGGCAUCGAUUGUUGCUGAGUUUGGUACCUUUCCUAUUGACCUCACCAAGACCCGGCUUCAGGUCCAGGGGCAGGCAUUCAAUGCCCAUUACACAGAGAUCCGGUACAAGGGUAUGUUUCAUGCCUUGCUGAGAAUAGUGAGGGAAGAAGGUUGCCUUGCGCUUUACUCUGGGAUUUCACCAGCUCUCUUGCGACAGGCAUCUUAUGGCACGAUUAAGAUUGGCACUUACCAAACGUUGAAACGUUUGUUUGUAAGCCGUCCAGAAGAUGAGACGAUGGUUAUCAACGUUUUCUGUGGGGUUGUGUCUGGGGUCAUAUCGUCUUCAAUAGCCAACCCUACGGACGUACUGAAGAUACGCAUGCAGGCUCAGGGGAGUCUGCUCCCAGGAAGCAUGAUUGCAAACUUCAUUGAUAUCUACCAGCAGGAGGGAACUCGUGGGCUGUGGAGGGGCGUUAUCCCCACUGCUCAGAGAGCAGCCAUUGUUGUUGGUGUGGAACUUCCUGUCUAUGACAUCACCAAAAAGCAUUUGAUCCUCUCGGGUCUGAUGGGCGACACCGUCCUUACACAUUUCAUAUCCAGCUUCACAUGUGGCCUGGCCGGAGCCCUGGCAUCCAAUCCAGUUGAUGUGGUGCGAACGCGUAUGAUGAACCAGCGGGUCCUGGCUGGGAACACAGUGCUUUACAAGGGAACUCUGGAUGGGCUGCUGCACACUUGGAAGAAUGAGGGCUUUUUUGCGCUUUACAAAGGAUUCUGGCCCAAUUGGCUACGCCUGGGACCAUGGAAUAUCAUUUUUUUCAUCACUUACGAGCAGCUGAAGAAACUCCCCUUGUAGUGACCAAACAAAACAUGUGCUUGUUCUAUUCUCCUGUGAUUGGGGGAGUCAGCCUGGCAUUGUCCUGCUUGCCUUCUCUAUGAAACUCCCAAACGCAAAAUGCAGGGAUUUGCUGUUGCACUGGUCACAGUAUGCCUCACAAUCGUUUUCAUUUGCGUUGUAUUUGUAUUUUAUUUAAUAUUAUUUAUUUAUUGAGGGGAGUUGCGUUUGGACACAAAUCAAUUCAAAAGAAUAAACCUUCUGUCGGGCUGCGUGGCAUAUCAAAGCAUCUCUGUGGAGGUUGUAUGAAUGAAGAAGGUAGAGGAUGACGAAUGGUCGAAGGAAGGAAAGCAGGAAAUGGUAUUCCCAUUUGAAAAUUCUGAUUGUUUUAACUUUUCAUCUGUAUUAAUCAGGAAUCAAUUAAGCAGACCAUCCUAUGCUCUUCCAUUAACUUGAUGAGUUGUCCACCCUCUUUGCCUGAUACCAAAAGGUCCCCAUUUAAAAAACAGAC